GCGCGCCUCCCUCUCCCUCACUGAGACAUCAAAAUCGCUUCUCUGUGUUUUGCUUCAUCCUCAGUUUCUGCUCCCUUGCCCGCCGUAAGCCGCAAUGACGCCGCCUCCGCUGCCGCUGCCGCCUCUUUCGCGUGGAGCAAUGGGGAAAGCGAAGAAGAAACAAAUUCAGCAGCAACACGCAGAGCUGGAACGUUUGGAUUCUCUGCCGUGGAACCCCUCAUCAGUCCCUCUCCCUAAUGACAAUGACGACGACGAUCCUUUCUCUCGUGUCAACGCCCUCGAAGGAGGUUUUCUUAUGCUUGAGGAGAUUGAUGAGGCUGCUUAUGGCUUAGAUAUUCCUGCUCUAAAAGUAGAAAAUAGAGAUAGGAAAGAUAGGUCUAAGCCAACUAAAAGGUCGAAGAAGCGAAAGCGUGACCAAGUUGAUGCAAGUGAUGCCUUGGUUGAGGAGGUUAUAGGUGGGGAAGAUAGAUUGGACAAGGAUGAGAAAGCCACAGCUAAGAAGACCAAUAAGAAGAAGAUGAAGAAGAAGAAGGCCAAGGUGGAGGGACCUCAAAAAAUUGAGGAUUCUGAUGAUACUGAAGUUGAGGACAAAGACAAUGAUGGGGGUGUGGAUUCAAAGAAGAAGGUGACGGCCAAGGAGGCCCAGAAAACUGAGGAAUCCACUGCUGAGGAAAAGGAUGAAGUAGAAGAGCAAGUUGAUGAGAAUGAAUACUGUGCUUGGAAUGAGUUGAGACUUCAUCCCCUGAUUAUAAGAUCGAUAUAUAGACUUGGCUUCAAAGAACCAACGGCCAUUCAGAAAGCUUGUAUUCCUGCUGCUGCUCAUCAAGGGAAGGAUGUUGUUGGUGCUGCGGAAACAGGAUCUGGGAAGACGUUAGCUUUUGGUCUGCCGAUUUUGCAACGCCUUUUGGAUGAAAGAGAAAAGGUUGUGAAAGUGUUUGAGGAAAAGGGAGAAGAAGCAGAAAAAGUCACUGCAAAAGGCUUUUUACGAGCCCUUGUUAUAACCCCUACAAGAGAACUUUCACUUCAGGUCUCUGAUCAUCUCAAGGCAGUUGCCAAGGAUACUGAUAUUAGAGUGGUUCCAAUAGUUGGAGGUAUGUCAACGGAUAAGCAGGAGAGACUUCUUAGAUCAAGACCUGAGAUUGUUGUUGGAACUCCAGGGAGAUUGUGGGAACUUAUGUCUGGAGGAGAAAAGCAUCUAGUGGAGUUGCAUUCAUUGUCUUCCUUUGUGCUGGAUGAGGCAGAUCGAAUGAUAGAAAAUGGCCAUUUUCAUGAAUUGCAGUCUAUUAUUGACAUGCUUCCUUUAAGAAAUAGUCCUCCCGUACAUUCCGGAAAUGAACAAGAUUCUGGUACCAUACCCAAUGUCCAGAGGAAGAAGAGACAAACAUUUGUUUUAUCUGCAACAAUAGCACUUUCUGCUGAUUUCCGUAAAAAGCUGAAGCGGAGUUCUUUCAAACCAAAGCAAUCAACGUCUGAUGGGGUAAAUUCUAUAGAAGCUCUCUCUGAGAGAGCUGGGAUGAGAGACAAUGCUGCCAUCAUUGAUCUGACAAAUACAUCCAUUAUGGCGAAUAAGCUUGAAGAGUCAUUUAUUGAGUAUGUGUUUCUCUAUUCAUCUAUUAUCUGGAAUCUAAAACAAAAUUUUAUGUGAAUUCUGUUCACUUAUUUGUCAUCUCAUGAGGUUUAAAUUUCCUAGUUCGGUUGCAAGUAUCAACUCUUUGUGGGUGGGAGACAUAAAUACGUUAAUAGCUAUUUAAUGAGAAACUAAAGUGAUAGUGUCUACUUAGAAUUAGAACACGCCUAAUAACCUGACAUAUGUUGAGAUAAGCUGUUUGAAUUUAUGCAGGAAUAACCUGUCAUACAUGUAGAUGCAGUAUGGAUGCAAGAUACCUAUGCUACUGCACAUCUUAGACCUUUGAGUUAUCUGGAUGUC